UUUGCCCCCUCCUCCCCCUUCACACCCGCUCACUCUGGCCAUCACACAGCCUGACACUUUUUUCCACACAGAAGCCGAAAUAAAAUGUGAUCUUAGCGAAUGGAAAUCGUUGCUUCCGAGACCUUGUGACGGGAUGUAUUUUGCAGAUUUUGUCUCUGGAUCGCUUGCAGGGGCCUGUGGCGUUGCCGUGGGAUACCCUUUGGAUACUGUGAAAGUCCGGAUCCAAACUCAGAAGCAGUUUACUGGAAUAUGGCAGUGUACUGCGUCGACAUUUGCAAAAGAAGGGGUGCGUGGCUUCUUCAAAGGCAUGACCUUGCCCCUGACGACCCUCACCAUGACUUCCUCUGUGCUUUUUGGCACAUACAGGAACUGCCUGGAGCAUCUGAGGCGCUUACGGGGAGCUGGCGGAGGGCCAAACACCAAAUUUGAAGUCUUCCUCUCUGGUUUUGCUGGGGGUGUUGCUCAGAUUUUGGUGAUGGCUCCGGGGGACAUGAUUAAAGUGCGUUUGCAGUGCCAAACCGAGUCUAAGCAGGGAGGGGUCGGCAUGCUCAAAGCCAGGUACCACGGCCCUGUGCACUGUCUGCUGUGUAUCAUCAGAGAGGAAGGGUUGCCGGGACUUUACAGAGGAGCUUUCCCGCUUACACUCAAAGAAGGACCAUCAUUUGCUACCUUCUUUUUGACUUAUGCUCUCAUCCGGGACUGGCUGAAAGACACCGACAAGAAAAGCCAAAAGUGGAGCAGUGUGAUGCUGGCCGGCGGACUUGCAGGAAUGGCAGCUUGGGCCGUAGGCACGCCCAUGGACGUGAUCAAAGCCCGCCUGCAGAUGGACGGCGUACGGGAGGUGAAAAAAUAUCAGGGUGUUUUCCACUGCAUUUCUGUGACUGUGCGGGAGGAGGGAGCCGCCGUGUUCUUCAGGAGUUUAGGCCUCAACUGCCUGCGUGCGUUUCCUGUCAACAUGGUGGUGUUUCUAACUUACGAGCUCUUCACGAGUUUGCUCCGAGCCAGACUCGAAGGCGAAGACCUAAUUUCUGGAUUUAGAAAAUAAUGACCAUCUGUAAUUAAUGCUUUGUCUUUUAGGAGGGUUCACAUGCUGUAUUUUAUUUAAUUUUUGUGUGUGUAUGUGUGUACAAAAACACCUAAUGCCUUGCCGUAUUUAAAUUCAUAAUAAGGAGCAUCCACUAGGGAAAUUGUCUGUUACAUGUAUUGGUUAACAUUCACAUAAUCUACUCAGGGAUACUUGGACAUUAAGGGCCCUAUCUUGCACCCAGAAAAAAAAAAAAAAACAGCACGCAGAUCAGUGCAAA